AUGUCGUCGGACUCAGAUGCGACAAUAGUUCCAGAACGUCCUUAUAAGCCAUAUACACCGGGCAGAGAAGGACAACAUUUCGAUGCCGCGAGAUAUGACGAUACAGUAUAUGACUCGUCCGGACAACGUAUCCCAACUAUUGACACUUUCUACUUAUGGAAAAGAGCUCAUGUGCAAUCCGAUAAAUCUGAUAACAACAGAGUCCCAAACACAAAGUCAAUCCACCUUCCUAGGUAUUACUGUCAAUCAAUUGCAUGUUGCGAUGAUACAUAUGGCGGUAAAGACAGAUUGGUUGAAACAGCUAAAAAGAUAGAUGAUAUGGUAAUGAAAAGACUCGAAGGUCCUGAUAGAUUGUCAGAACCGUUUUUCAGUCACAUCCAGAAUACUUUAUCAACCGAUUCUACCUUUGACAAAUGUUACAGAGCGAGCGUUGAAGGAUCGCAGCUCUUCAAGAACUGCAUCAGGGACAUCCAGGCAGCAUGUAGCGUAGGUAACAAUGUGUCACCUGUUAAUUCUCGUUUGAUGGAUGUGACACAAUUCCGAUCGAGAUAUCCGGAAGAUUUCAAGAAAUUGAUUAACAUAUUGAGUAAAGACAUAUUUACUACGAUUUUACCACAUAGAUUAGAAGACUUUAGGGAAUUUUGGAAAGAAGCUCACAAUGAGAGUACAAUUGAUAUCGAUAUUCAGCCUCGAUUGAUCAUCACCUCGUUCUUAUCGAGAGGAGCAGUGCCCCAAAAGACAAGUACAGCGAACCGAUGGAAGGCAGUCUCCGCCUCUGGAGACAUAUCUUGUCAAGUUGCUUUUGAGAACUACGAGUACGAAUGGAAUAGAUGUAAAAUACCUCAUGAAGAAGACAUGCAAUUCGCUUGGGCAAUGAGAACCGAGAUUGACAAAGCUGUCAGACGAGAUGAGUAUUGUUUCAAUACAUUUUUCAAACCUGACAAGUCUUCCUUGGCAGAUCCUUUGACUUACUUGGAGAACUCUAAGAUCACUCGAGAAGCGUUGAGAAGCUACUGCGAAUCGACACUGCACAAAUACACAGACGAAUAUAAGCAGCAUAUCACCGUAGAAUAUCUGUCUGGCUCAGAAGCUAAAGAGAAGUAUCCUGAAAUUGAUAAAGACUGGAAUGAGAAGAUUUGUGAUGAGGAAGAAUACCGCGAUGCUCUGAUUUCUCAGUGUAAACACCUUGAAUCAGAGCGUUCAUCUUGUACAGUCAUGUAG